AUGGCGGAACAGAAUAAGACCUGGGUUGAUGUCCAGAAGAAGGCCUUCACCCGCUGGGCCAACCAGUUCCUCUCGGAGAGGCGCCUGAAGAUCGAGAACAUCGAGACCGAUCUGGCCACUGGUAUCAACCUGUGCAACCUGCUCGAGAUCAUCUCGUCCAAGUCGCUCGGCAAGUACAACCACAAGCCCACCAUGCGUUACCACUACCUCGAGAACAACGGCCGCGCCGUCAAGUUCAUCAAGGACGAGGGCCUCCAGCUCGUCGGUAUCGGUCCUGAGGAUAUCGUGGACGGCAAGCUCAAGCUUAUCCUGGGUCUCAUCUGGACGCUCAUUCUGCGUUACCAGAUCAACAUGAUCGGCGAGGACCGUGGUCCGGCGUGGCAUUAUCGGUAG